AAAAUCAGUUGUCUUGAGUACACUGACUGUCAUCAACUUUUCUUUUGUGAAAACAAAUUGUAGAUGCAUAUUCUAAUACAUCUAAAGUAUACAUUGGUGCGAGCCUACAGGCUACAGUUCGUUGAGGGCUCCAGAUUGUAAACAACCAUGGCAGGCACCGUGUCGGUGAAAGCAGUAGUCAUCAUUCGGACAUUGCUGUAUGCCGCCAUUACCAUCACCAGUUUUAUUAUAUUCGUCCCAGUAGCAAUCAGUAUGGGAAAAUUCUCUGGUGAUUGCUUGUUGUACAGCACAAAGGUAACAGGUAUUCACAUCACGUUUGGUUCAGAGUCAAACUGUGUCUAUAUAAUAGCAACAUCUGUGGUGUUCAACUUGGUCUUUGGCUUGGUGCUGACAGGAUCCGGUGUUGUCACUCUCAUUGGCCGACCAAAUCCGCUGAGUGACCUGACCAGCUUGCCGUUCCUUCUGAAUGUGUUUCUCGACGGACUUAGCUGUGCUUUCAUCUUCAUAUCUGGCUGCAUCCUCAGUGUCGGGCUCAAGGAAACGUGUGAUGCUAUUACUAGUGGAAGCUGUUCAUCUGCUGCUGUUAAGGUUUCUGGUGGCAGUACCUAUUUCUUCUAUGGCCAUUUGUCUACAGCACAGGUGGCUGUGUGGGUGUCCUUUAUUCUGUGGCUUGCCCAACUUGGUGUAGCUCUGUUCACACUGUGGAGACUUGGUAAACUGUGUUGUGGGAGAUACACAACCAGCAGUGAAACUCCAACUCAACAAACCCCUACUAAUCAGUUCUAAGAUUAAACAAGUAAGCAGUGAAACUCAAAGGUCUAAUCAGUUUAAUACAAAAAAGUUAGCAGCAGUGGAAUUCAAUUCAACUCAUUCUGCAACUCCUAAGCAAUUCUAACAUACCUGUAUAUGAACAUGUUGGCAACAGUGAAACUACAACUGAACAGACUUGAUUGGUAACUUAGUUUCCAUGGCACCAGUCCAUAGUCCUCGGACGUGCAAUGGCUACAGGGAACUGCCCUCUCCCAGCUCGAAAGAUUAUGCUACAAUUUUGAAAGUUAUCUUAGUGCUACGAUAUUGUUAAACCAUUGUAGGCUAUGAUAUCAAUGUAUUGGCAACAUAAAUAUUCAUAGCGAGGUAUAAAUGGUGGCAUUAUAUUAUAAUUAAAAUUAGUGUCAAUGUUCCAUGCUUCCAUAUCAAGUCCUACACGUGUAUUCACAGAGAUGUAACUCUGUCAUAAUCUAGCUGAUCAACCAGCUGCCAGGUGCAGACAUUUCUUUUUGCUGUUAUUAUAUUACACUGUAAUUCAUCUACAUAGCCGUAUAUGUGUUAAGUGUAUAUGUUUAUAUACAUGUAUUACCCAGCGGGCACUCAUUACCAGGGAAAUAAAAAAAAAAAUCACUGAAAAAUUAUUAUGUAUUGGUUUAAUAGGUUAUUUGAUUGGAUAAUUCAGUUCACUUGACAAAGGAAUGGGCACGUACUAAAUCGGACACAACAUGCAUAGACCUUGACAGUGCUGUAGAAGCAGUAGUAAAUUCUGAGACCUGUAGGAUGAUCAUACUUAAAGAAUUAUGUUAGAGCAAUAUGUUUUAUAAACUAAACACUGAUUAAAGUAAAUAUGUAUUAAUACAUGUAUGUACAGACUCCGUUCUUGCUUUGGUAUAGUCUGUUUCUAAAUAAUCAAUACAUAGAGCGUAGAAACCAAUUCAGGCUGGGGUAAUAAUUAGAAUAUUAAAUUUGCUACUAUGUAUUAUCAAGUUUAAGUCCCUCAUGAAAUAAGUCUACUUAUAUAUGUAUAGGUCUAUGCAGUUUGAUUUACCAAAAUUGUAUUAUUUCUAUUUUCCGAGGAAAACAUCACAUAUUUCUAUUUUCUAAAGCCAAGUACUCCCACCACCUUUUCUCCAAAAUAUUAUGGUUAUGUUACUGUUGUACAGAUCUGAGAGCAUACAUGUAGCUGUAUAUACAAACACAUAUACAUAAGAAUACAAAAAGUUUAAUUAUGAAUCUUCGUUGUGGCAGCUUAAUUUUGUUACAAUAUCUUAUAUAGUCAUAGUAAAAUGUGACUGGACUAUAUACUUAUUGUAUUCGUUAUUUACUUUUUACUUCAUGAACAUUCUUAACUAGUAUUAAACUUUUAAUAAAAAUAUAUUUUAUUAAUUUCCUAUUUUUUAAAACAUUUUAUUGUUAAAAUUUGUUUUCAAAUUAUGUCCAUUGCAUUUUUUGAAAUGUGUAUUAGUAACCCAUUGAUAGGGGUUUUGUUGUUUUUUAAACCACCAUCUUAUACAUAUACAUAUACAUAUGCAUACACAUACACAUACACAUGCACAUAUACAAAUAUUACAUAUACAUAUACAUAUACAGUGUACAUGGGUUUAAAUUCUUUCUCUUGUUUAUAACAACUGGAACAUUCCUUCAAAUAGACUUCUAAUUUGUGAUCAAAUGGCUUGAUAUGGUGAAUUUAAAAAUAUAUUUUUCGUAUUGCACAACUGUAUUCUAUAUUGUGAUGGAUUUGGCACAUCGAUGUGCCCGGUCCUGUUCACUGUUAAUUGGCACUAUAUGCAAAAUUUUAUAUUCCAGUCGAUAUUUGAUAUGUAUACACUUUCUCUUGUUUUGAAUAACGUUCUGACAUUCCUUCAACAAACUGUGUACUGCAGACCACGUUUUCGUCACCAUACAUGCAAGAGUCAGUCUUGUAUAAAAAUGUAUAAUGCUUUAAGACAUUCCAUAAAUUUCUCUUUGCUAAGCAGCAUUUGAAUAUGAGAAUACUUACAUUUAUUUUAUUCUACUGUUUGACACAUUUCUCUUUUUAUUAAUUUUAUUUGAUACAAAAAUUAUAAUGGUUUAUAUAUUAAUUUGUCUUCGGAACUUUUGAAUAGAGGAAUAGAAUCUGUAUUCAUGCUCGGUAAUUAUAAGCUAGAAUUUUACUAAAGAUAUGCCAUCAUGUUGUAUACAAUUGUGAGGAUGUCUGUAUUUGGACUUCAUACAAACAUUGGUUAUAAAAACAUGUUCAUAUUAUUUUAAUGAUCCAUCAACAGAAUUACGAUGUGGUAUUCCUUGUUAUUUUUAAAGAUCAUCACAUUUACUGCCUGGUACUUUAUUAUAGUGAUAAAUAAUUCAUAUUCUCAAGUCAUAUUUAUAGAUCUACAUACAAUUAUUGUUACAGUCAUGUAGUUUAUUUAGUAUUCGUUAAAACUAGUAUAUAGUGAUUUAAAUAUUACAUUUUAUGUCAAUGUAAUAUGAUGAUUCAUCAUGUUUGGUAUCGUAUUUUAUACAUGAAUAAAUAUUUGUUGUACAACGGUUUUCAUUGAGAUGAGAUGCUGGGGGAUUUUGUGUUCAAAGUAUACUGAAUAACAAAUGAAAAGUGAAUAGUUUAAUAUAAAGUUUGUUUUGUUUAAUGGCACCACUAGAGCACAUUGAUUUAUUAAUCAUCGGCUAUUGGAUGUGAAACAUUUGGUAAUUUUUAUAUAUAAGGAAACUUGCUACAUUUUUCCAUUAAUAGGAAGGGAUCUUCAAUAUGCACCAUACAGACAGGAUAGCACAUACCACAUCCUUGAUAUACCAGCACUGCCUGAAAUAGUCCAAUGGGUCACUGACGGGGAUUGAUCCUAGACCGACCAUGCAUCAAGCAAUCGCUUUACCACUGAGCUAUGCCCCGCCCCAGUUUAUCAUAUAGAGGCAGUUUCAUGGGGUUUUUUUUAAAUAUGAGUGAUGUGUGAAAACUAUCUUUUCACAAAUUGCAAAGUAAUCGGUGAAAAUAUGGUUUUCACACUUAACGAGUUUACAUAAAAAUUGUUUUCGAAAAAACCCCACGAUGAAUUGUCUAUUAUGUAAGUCUUUCCCAAUUUUGAUAUUUUUCACCUAUCCUAUCAAAAACAUGCAACAUCACAAUAUAUUUGUUGCACUGGGACUUUUACAUAAAAUGUACUAGUACUGAACCAUCAACUUUUUAAAAGAAAUAUGAGGAAAUAUCUUUAUUUAAUUAUUAAAAUAAUAUUUUAAUUCUACUGCUAUGCAAGCAUACCUGAUAAAGCGAUCCUCAAAAAACCCAAGACAUGAUUCGUAUUGCAAGUUAAACUUUCACUUACAUUUAACAAGAGGUCAUUGUGUCAUUAUUAUUUAGUUUUGUACUCAGUUUUAGAUAUUUUAUCGUAAUUGCACUUUAUAUCAAUUUUAAAUAGAUACAAUUGUUAAAAUUACAUAUAUUGUUUCCAUGCUUCAAACUUAAAAACGAAGCGACAAUGAACUCAGUAAUUGAAACGUAAUAAUUUUUAAGGGAGAUUGAAUCGUGAAUUUGUUCACAAAAAUAUAAAUAUGCAUUUUAUAUAUUUACUCGACUAAAAUACAGUGAAAAUAUGACUUCAUCGAAUCUCACUUUUGCAUGAGGCACGAAUUAGAUUGCAUUUUUCAACAAUUAUAUUUCAAUUUUAAAAAAUCAUAAACAAUAACAAGUUUAUAAAGUUUAUUCUUUCCAAAAUACCAGUGGACAUUUGUAUAUAAAAUAUAUAUCACAAGGAAGUGACACCACCUUGAUUUUGUCCAAUACCAGAUAAGCAUACAGUGAUACAUGUACAUGUCAAAUCAUUAAACAUAUACUCAACCAAAAAAGUAUUGCAUUUUUGAUCAUAAUGUAUACAUUUUGCAAUAUUGAAAGAAAUGCAAGUAAUCACCGUGUUUAAUCCAGCAUACUGUUUGAUUGUCAAUCUGUUUUUUCUGGAAAGUUUUCCACUUCCUGUCUUUGCUCGUGCACAGUCUGAACAUAACAUAACAUGAAAAUCACGUGCAUGAUUAAGCAUAAGCCUUGAUUUUCAACUGGCAGACCUGUAUCUAAUGUGAAACGAUAGGGACUCCGUCCAUCAAUGUCCGAAAACCAACGCCAUGAGGCCAUUGGUAGACUUGCUGCUGGUGAAAGUGUUAGGAACGUUGCUCGUCACUUUAAUGUCCACCCGACGACAAUACUGCGUCUACGGUAUCGUUUGCAACAAACUAGUGCAGUAAAAGACGGACGUUGCUCCGGUCGGCCACGUGCGACAACGCAAAGAGUAAAGUUUGUUUUAUUUAACGACGCCACUAGAGCACAUUGAUUUUUUACCUUAUCAUCGGCUAUUGGACGUCAAACAUAUGGUCAUUCUGACACUGUUUUUUUAGAGGAAACCCGCUGUC